AUGUUCGAGAAGUGUGGAGCACGCGGGCUCCAGAUGGCCCAAACCGGCCUCAUCGUUGCACCAUCCUUCAUUCUCUUCGGCUACAACCAGGCCGGUCUCGGCCCUUUAGCCAACCUGCAGAGCUGGGUCAGCAUAUUUCCAGACCUAGAUACUAUCAACACGUCCGGCGAGCUCGAAUCACGAAAUUCAACCUACAAGGGUACCGUUAUUGCUUCAUUUCAAGUUGGUGCUCUUAUUGGGGCACUUACGUGCACAUAUCUCGGUGACAGAUUGGGCCGUCGCUGGACCAUCUUCAUCGCGGCUAGCCUCAGCGUUAUCGGUCAGGUGUUGCAAACUGCAACAUACAGCCUUGUCCAAUUUGUCAUUGGCCGCAUUAUUCUUGGAAUGAGCAUUGGCCAAUUCAACGUUACGGUACCGGUCUGGCAAUCUGAGUGCUCGCCUGCCAGUAAGCGCGGUAAGCAUGUUGUGUUGGAUGGGUCAUUUAUAACUUUCGGCUAUACCCUAUGCAAUUGGAUCGACUUUGGUCUGAGCAAGGCCAAUGGAAAUAUUCAAUGGCGGGUUCCACUAGCAAUUUCCUUCCUCUGGUCACUGAUGAUUAUAUUUUUUGUCUUUGCUUUUCCGGAAUCCCCACGGUGGCUCAUCAUCGCCAACAGAGUUGAGGAGGCAAAGACAAGCUUGGCACAAUACAGAGGCCUUCCCGUGGAAGACGAAGCGAUAAGAACCGAGAUUGCAGGAAUUGAAGCAUCCCUUGAGCUGACAAGAGGAUCAGCAUCACUCAAGGAUAUCUUCUCCAGAAAGAGCGAAGGCCGCUUGUGGUACCAAUUCUGCCUGUGUAUUGCAGUGCAAUUCUUCCAACAAAUGUGCGGUGGAAAUCUAAUCUCAGUUUACGCAUCAAGCUUGUUCGAAGGUCUGAACCUGGGCAAAGAUCUCGGCACGGUUCUGUCCGCGUGUGCCCUGACGUGGAAAUUCCUCUGCAGCUUCGUCGCCUUUUUCACCAUCGACUCCCUCGGACGACGUGCCGUGUUUAUCUGCAGCAGUGUCGGCAUGUGUCUUUGCAUGGCGGCAAUGGCCAUCACCAAUAGCUUUGAAAACAGCUCAAAAGCCAACAUUGCCUCCGUCAUUUUCAUCUUCCUGUUCAACUCGUUCUAUCCGAUCGGUUUCUCAGGCGCCAAUUUCCUCUACUGUACCGAAGUAGCUCCGAUCCAGCUUCGCGCUGCCAUGUCAUCCAUUUCAACCGCGAAUCACUGGCUGUGGAACUUCAUCGUGGUGAUGAUUACUCCCGUGGCUCUUACGACAAUCGGAUACCAGUACUAUAUCAUGUAUACCGUCAUUUCAGCAUGCAUCCCGAUAUCUGUUUAUUUCUUUUUCCCGGAAACUAUGAAUCGCAAUCUCGAGGCGCUGAAUCAUGUGUUCCAGGACGCGCCGUCGGCAUGGCAGAUAGUAUCGAUGGCUAAGCGGUUACCGGAGGGUGAGAAUGUCGAGAUGGCUAUUCUUGAGAGUGAUGCUAAGAAGGAAGGAACGGUGGAGCAAAAGGAACAUGCUUGA